CCCGAAUAUCACCAUCUUGCACCCAGUUGUUGAAUAAUACUGCACUGUGAUCAUGAGGCCGUUUAUACUUGUCAUCAUGGCAUUCGCCGCCAUUGUCAAUGGUAAGCCCGCUCAUCAUAAGAGACACGAAAAGGCUGACCAACAUCAAUCACUUAUUGGUCCAGGUUGCGAAGGGAAACCAGCUGAGCUCUUCUUUCUCUUGGACACUUCAUCCAGCAUAUGGCAACCCGAUUUCAGAACUCAACUGGAUUUCGUCUCUGACGUCGUCGACCUGUUCGACAUUGGCCCCAACAACACACGGGUCGGUGUUGCCACCUUCUCCUCACUCUACUACCCACAGUUCGGUCUGGAUACAUAUGAGGACAAAGAACAGCUCAAAAAAGCCAUUCUCAGGAUACCCUACAUGGGCGGAAACACACUCACCGGAACAGCCAUCAGAUACAUGCGCGAGAAGGCCUUUGCUCCAGGGAUCGUCCGUGACGACGUAGACAAGAUCGCCGUAGUUCUGACUGAUGGAAGGUCACGUUACCCUGGUCAGACUGAGACAGAGGCUAUGAAGACCAAGAUGGAAGGCAUCAACGUCUUUGCUGUUGGUAUUGGUAAAAACUUUGAUCCCAAGGAGUUGACCCUCAUCGGCAGCGAACCGUCAGAGACUUACGUGUAUGAAGUGGCGAGCUAUGAUGCUUUGGAAAAUAUAAAGGAAAACUUUGCCUUGGGUGCAUGUGAAGUGAACACAGCUGCGGCGCUCAUGCAGGGUGAUCAAUCAGCUUGCCACAGUGACACCUUGGCCGAUGUCAUGUUCGUGUUCGACUCUGCUGCUAUGGGAUCAACCAAGACGGGCAAAUUACAGGAGUUCAUCGGUACCGUCGUGGAUGAGUUCAACUUUGCUGAUGACGUCAUGAGAGCCGGUGUUGUUUCCAGGAACUGUCACGAUGGAGACAUAGAGCUUGGAGAGCACUCUGACAAAGAUGAGUUUGCCAAAGAUCUCCGAAACCGUGACUACCCGGAUCUGAGUCAAGUCCUUCGGAAGAUGCACCGUCACAGCUUCACCCUGGAACAUGGUGCACGAGAAAUGGCGAGGCGCAUGGCUGUUGUGUUUGUGGAUGAUAAGCUGGAGAUUCCGAAGGGAGUGUUAUAUGAGAUUGAAAAGGCGAAGGACGACGAUAUCGAGAUCUUCGUGGUGGCCAUUGGUGAGGACGUUGAUAUGACGAAGGUGGAGGCCAUGGCGACAUCUUCUGGUCACGUGUUCCCGAUUCCCGACUAUGACGUCCUGCACGAGACUAAUCUGCAACUUAUCGACGUUCUUUGUGCAGAUCUGUGAGAUGCGGGCGAUAGGCUGCAUAAAUGAAUACAUUGUACAACCGGUCAUCCAUCCACUACGUUACAGGACAACAUUUCAGUAUUAAUGUGUCGCCAUCUGGUCAUUGUGUGGUGAGAUCUCCACACAGAUGGGCAACCAUAUAUUACCUCAAGUCCUGCUGGCAGGCACUUAUGUCACAUGUCAGUCAUGUGACGCCAGAGUUUCAAAGACAGUAUACAUUUCUGCAUGUUUAAUGUGUGGAUUUGUUAUGGAAUAGUGUACAUAGGUUAGUACUUUAAUGUUGUACGUAUUGUACCCCUUUGAACUCUGUAGUUGUUCCAUGUUGGUUGUAACCGUUUCCUUAUGAUGUUCCGUGGAUAAGGAUGUGAUUAAAUGACGAAAUGGUCACAUCCUUAUCCAAUAGUUUGGAUAGGGAAGUGGUUAUAACGAACUGUUCCUUGGGAAUAGCUUGGAUUGGGAUGUGAUUAUAUGACGAACAGGUCAUUGUGAAUAGAUAUAUUUUACACUUUACGUUUAGUACAUAUAAGUUUACAUUUAUGUUUGUAAAAUGUAUGUUUUACAUACCUCGAUAUCCACUUUUUUGAACAAUGUUCACGUCAGCCGCCAAAUACUUGCCACUUUCACGUCAAUACAUUGGUUGUUUUAAUGGAAUCUGUGUCGGUGUAUCUGCAUAUGUGUUAUCCACAUUCGUGAACAUUUGUAAAUCAUUAAUUGUGAAAUAUGUGCAAUACAUAUCAUCGCCAUUAGCAAUCAUGUUGUAUUCGUUGUCCAUUACUUAGUUUAUUCAAGACUCAGUUUAAAUUAUCAUAUUUAUCGGAUACCAAAUGCAUUUUUGCGUGUAUGCGUAUAAACAGGAGACUUAAGAGUUUAUAUACUGGAGGUACGCUGGCGUCUCCAUCCAAUGAUCUAGUUGUAUUGUGUCUGUAUGAAAGUAUCUUUUAUCAUUGUAUGUAUGAACGUUUUAAAAUAUCAUUUAUGGACAUCCGACAUUUUACGGAAAUAAACUCAGUACAUGUAUAA